AUGGGCGAAUUAGCCAAAAUGGGCGAAUUGGAGGACGAUGCCCUGAGACGCAUCUUCCGAGGCAGCCACCAGUCAGAGACAGAGAGCACCUCACUCAUCAACAGGGCUGAAUUCAGCCAACUCAGGCAGUUUGCUGAUCAGACCCAAUCACCCAAAUCAGCCAGUCUCCUCUACUCUGAUCGAAAUGAGAUCAAUGAAAGACUUCUUCAGAAAUUGGAGUAUUCGAGUGGAAUGAGGGUGACACUUGGCCACGAGGCAGUGAAUGGGCUGAUUCUGCUCUGGAAGAAGAACAGGGAUGGCUUCCGAGGCGGANCCAAAAUGGGCGAAUUGGAGGACGAUGCCCUGAGACGCAUCUUCCGAGGCAGCCACCAGUCAGAGACAGAGAGCACCUCACUCAUCAACAGGGCUGAAUUCAGCCAACUCAGGCAGUUUGCUGAUCAGACCCAAUCACCCAAAUCAGCCAGUCUCCUCUACUCUGAUCGAAAUGAGAUCAAUGAAAGACUUCUUCAGAAAUUGGAGUAUUCGAGUGGAAUGAGGGUGACACUUGGCCACGAGGCAGUGAAUGGGCUGAUUCUGCUCUGGAAGAAGAACAGGGAUGGCUUCCGAGGCGGAACAAGGCGGAUCAUCGAGCAGAUGGAAAUGUUUGGGAUACGUGGCCCAGUUGAGCUCGACUUGGACUGCUUCUACUGCGAGCGGGAGAGCAGCUACUCGAAUGGGCUCCAAUCGAUCAUAAACGAGGCAAAGCGGAAGUUUGUGAUUCUGUUCAAGCACAGCAGCAAGCGAGACGUGCUUGGGAUGCUCCAUGUCCGGGGCGAAGGCAGGCAACUUGACGACGGCUGCUACUCGAGCGACUUCGACUGCUACGACGGGACUGUCCUGAGCAGCCUCAAGGCCAUCAAGAAGUCCCUGGUUUCUGAUUUGGAGUUUCUCGAGUCCCAGGGCGUAACAAGUCGAUCUUGCGAAUACGCCGAAAUGCUUGAGAUGAUUGCGAGGGCGAUUCUCAAGCCAGAAAACAGGGAUCUCGAGCUGAACGACGAGACGGCUGAAAUGGUCUACCAAAGGGGGGAGCUGAUGAGUGGAACGGCCAGUCGCCUCGAGGGCUACUACGCCUCGUUUGUGUCGAAAUGCAGCAGAAGAAGCAACAGGGUUGUUUCGCUGAAGAAUGCGGUGGUGGCUGAGAGUGGCCGCCUUGGAACUGAGAAUGCGACUGUCUCGAUCAGGGAGGUGGAGCCGCUCCUCUUCCGUGCGACUGUUCAGAUCGGUGCUGCCACCCUUGUGACUGGCUCAUUCCGCCUGACUGAUCUGCUUGGUGAAAUUGAGGAUGGAAGCAGAACACUGUCACUGGAGAACACGGUGAAACUGGAUGCAUUGGCACUGCUUGCUGCCAUCAACGCCAAUUACGUCAGUCUGUGA